GCUUCUCAUACAUGCGCAUGAAGUAUUUUUUCUUUUCUUGGCUGGCUGUGUUUGUCGGCAGCUGGGUGGUAUAUGUGCAAUAUUCAUCCUAUACCGAACUAUGUCGGGGUCAUGACUGCAAAAGUGUUAUAUGUGAUAAAUACAGAAAGGGCAUAAUUGAUGGUUCAGCCUGUAGCAGUUUGUGUGACAAAGAAACACUCUAUCUAGCAAAGUGCCUGUCAACAAAACCUAACAACCAGGUUUACACAGGCAACUGGGGAGAUCUAGAAGGUGUAGUGAAAUGUCAGAUGGAGGAAAUUGUCCGUUUCGACUUGGGGGCAGAAAUGGAACCAAGAAAAGAAGCUAUUUUAUUUGAUAAGCCAACUAAAGGGACCUCUGUUGAGAAAUUUAAGGAAAUGGUCUUAAGUCACUUAAAGGCUAAAGUUGGUGAUCAAGCAAACUUAAUGGAUCUUGUCAGUCUAAUCAUUUCUGUAGCUGAUGGAAAUAAAGAUGGUCACAUAUCCCUGCCAGAGGCGAAAUCCACAUGGGCACUCUUGCAACUCAAUGAGUUUCUGCUCAUGAUAAUACUCCAAGAUAAAGAGCACACCCCCAAAUUACUUGGAUUCUGUGGGGACCUUUAUGUCAUGGAAAAGGUGCAGUAUACCUCGUUGUAUGGGGUUAAGAUUCCUUGGCUCAUCGAGCUCUUCAUUCCCUCAGGACUUCGCCGAAGUAUGGACCAGUGGUUCACACCUUCGUGGCCGAGGAAGGCCAAAAUCUCAAUUGGGCUUUUGGAGUUUGUAGAGGAUGUCUUCCAUGGGACAUUUGGGAACUUUUUGAUGUGUGAUAUGAGUGCAAACAAUUUUGGAUACAAUGAAAAGCAUGACCUCAAAAUGGUGGACAUGAGGAAGAUAGUUCCUGAAGUUAGUUUUAAAGAUUUUAUUAGAGACCGUCACUGUGAUACUGAUGAUGACUGUGUCUAUGGUUCCGAUUGUAGGACCACCUGUGAUCAGACCAAAAAAAGAUGCACAACAGAAGUAGGCCAGCCCAACCUUGCUAAAGCGUGCCAGUCACUAAAGGACUACCUUCUACGAGGGGCCCCUUCAGAAAUCCACGAAGAGCUUGAAAAGCAGCUGUAUUCUUGUAUAGCGCUCAAGGGAACAGCAGAUCAGAUGGAAAUGGAGCACUCCUUAAUACUAAACAAUUUGAAAACACUGCUGUGGAAAAAGAUUUCACACACUAAAGACUCCUAAAGUGCUGAAAUGUUUUGUUUGUGUUUUACUUUUCCACCUUUUGAGACAGAAACUUUAUAAUGUGAAUCCUGACAAAUGCAUUGGUACUGGUAGAUUUGAAUAAGACUGCUGGUGAGACUUUACGUGUGUUUGGGGGGGUGUGUGUGAGCGAGAGUGUGUGUGUGUGGUAGUACGCAGUGUACACAGGGCACUGCACCUCACGUGUUUCACAAGUAUCAAUUCAUUUGUCCAACUGAGAGCCUAAGCCAUUUUGAAGAUUGUGCCAUACAAACUGAAAUUCAUUCAGCUUAACUGCCCACACGUGACAAAAGGGAUGUUCCCGGAACUUAGCGGCAUGUUCUUGCUGUUCUUGCCUCAGUCUCUUAUUCUUCAUGUGUAUAUAUGUUGUUGCUGUAAUGUUUUACAAUUUUUAUCUAAGAAACCACUAUGAAGUGCUUACUGUGGUUAGUCAUUGCUGCUGUUCCACAAUGGAUUACUAUGUCUAGAACGUUCUAAUGUUUACGUACUAAAACUUUAGCAUGACAGAUUUGCACAUUAAAGACACUACACAAAUUAAA